GGGGGACAUGCGGGAUAUGGGGACAUUGGGACAGGGGGACAUGGUGCCGUGGGGUGACACGGGUGACGCUGGUGACACGUGUGACACGGUGCCACCCCAGGGCUUCUUCCGGCGCAGCGAGCGGCGCGGGCCGAGCCUGGCGUGUCACCGCGGGCAGCGCUGCGACAUCGACCGCGCCACCCGCACGCGCUGCCAGCACUGCCGCCUGCAGAAGUGCCUGCGCCUCGGAAUGUCCCGCGACGCCGUCAAGUUCGGCCGCAUGUCCAAGAAGCAGCGGGACCGGCUCCAGGCCGAGGUGCGGGAACAGCUGGAAAAGCGGGAGAAAAACCGGGAACAACACCGGGAACAACACCGGGAACAGCUGGAACAGCUGGAGCACCGGGAACAGCCGGAAAACCGGGAAAAUCGGGGGAAAUGGGGAAAAUUGGAAAAGCGGGAGCAGGAACGGCCGGCCCCGGGGCCACCGCAGCCCCCCCCGGCGGGGCGCUGUCCCCCGCUGUCCCCCGCUGUCGCCGCGGGCUGUCCCAGCAGGGCGUGGCCCGCGGAGGAGGCGACAAGGCGGGGACAGGACGGGGACAGGGCGGGGACAGCGGGGACAGCGGCGACGGGGCCGAUCCCUCAGCCCGGUACCGGCGGCGUCCCGGAGUCACCCGCGGGCCUGGAGAUCGAGCUCCUGACACAGAGUGUCCUGCUGUCACACCGCGCCACGUGCCACCCCCGCGCCGAGGACCUCCAGGGCCACCACUGGGUCACCUUCAGCCCCGAGGAGAUCCGCGCCUACCAGAGCCAGCCCACGGCGGAGAUGUGGCAGCGCUGUGCCCGCCGUGUCACCGAGGCCAUCGAGCGCGUGGUGGAGUUCGCCAAGCGCCUGCGCGGCUUCCUGCAGCUCAGCCAGCACGACCAGAUCGUCCUGCUCAAGGCGGGUGCCAUGGAGGUUGUCCUGCUCCGGAUGUGUCGCGCCUUGGACGUCGCCACCGGCACGGUCCUGUUCGAGGGCAAACUGGCGGGGCCCGAGCUCUUCCGCUCGCUGGGGUGUCCCGAGCUCGUCGCGUCCGUCUUUGACUUCGCGCGGGGGCUGAGCGCGCUGCGCUGCUCCGAGAGCGAGCUGGCGCUGCUGAGCGCGCUGCUGCUGCUCAACGCCGGCCGGCCGUGGCUGCAGGACCGCCCGCGGGUGGCGCGGCUGCAGGGACAGCUCGAUGUCGCCUUCCGGCUCCUGCUGCGCCGGACCCGCCGCGAGGGGCUCCUGGCACGGCUGCCCGCCCCGGGCCGGUUCCGCGCUCUGUGCUCGCAGCACCUGGAGCAGGUCCAGGCUUUCCGCCGCCUGCACCCCGCGGGGGUCUCGGCCGCCUUCCCCCCGCUCUACCGGGAGCUCUUCGCCCCCGACCCCGCCGAUGGCCCCGCAGGGACCCGCUGAGCGCCGCCCGGGGACCACCGGGAGCAUCCGUGACCCUGCUGAGCGCGACAUCGGGACCGCCGGGAUCACCGGGAUCGCCGGUAUUACCGGGAUCACCGGGACCCCCGGCAUUACCGGGAUCACCGGGACCGCCCCUGCA